CAACAUGGCGCUGGUCACAACAGAAGAGCGUGACUUUAAACAUCGUCUGGAUUCUGCACUUUUAUGAUUUUAAACCGGAUUAAACUUCACGUUUUGUCGUAUUUUGAAGACUUUAAACUAACGCGGAUCGUCUGUUGGAUUUAAUUUAUUAGAGUUUAGACUCUGUCCUCUGAUGUUUACACUGAAACUGUUUUGUGUUUAAGCAGAAAAAAAAAAAGACAGAAAAAUGUGUUUUUCAUCUAGAAAUGAUAUAAAUGAUGUAACAUUGACACUGGAGCGUCACUUUAUUAAAAUCCAGAAGUGUAAAGUGUCAUUUGAAGAAUAAACCAGCGCAGUUUCCCGGAGAUUGCGUCAGUUUCAGCGUCAGUUUUUUUUAUUUUUUAUUAUUAUUAUUAUUAUUUUUCUCGGAUUAAAGUGACAAACCUGUGUUUUUGGCCUGUGCAGAGCGGCUCGUGUUUGUGUCGUUUGUUGUUUCUCCUGUGUUUUUGUGGUGAUUUUGAGGAGAAUGUGCAGAGUUUUUUGCAGAGUUUUUUGCAGAGUUUUGUCUCGGAUGGAGCCGGACGCGCGCAGGAAAAUGGUGGUGGGCCUGGGGAACCCCGGGAUGGACGGGACCCGGCACAACGUGGGCCGGGCCGUGCUGGACCGUCUGGCGCCGCGUCUGGAGGCGUCCAGGACCUGGAGACGAGACGCCAACGUCAACUCAGACGUCCUCGUGUGCCACCUGCAGGGGGCGACAGUGAUCCUCCUCAAACCCAGAGUCUACAUGAACCUGAACGGAACCGCCGUCGCCAAAGCAGUUGGUGUGCUCUUGGUUCAUGAUGAUCUGGACAAACCUCUGGGAAAGAUCGCCCUGAAACAAGGAGGAAGUGCCAGGGGUCACAACGGCGUUCGCUCGUGCAUCGACUGCCUCCACACCGACGUGAUGCGGCGGGUGCGUGUGGGCGUCGGUCGUCCCUCUGGACACACGUCUGUGGACAAACACGUCCUGGGACACUUCAGUCCAGACCAGAGGAAAGUCCUGGACCUGGUCCUGGUCCAGAGCGUGGACCUGCUGCUCAGUCUCCUCACCCCACACGACCCACCACCAGGGGGCAACAAACACGACCACCACCAGGGGGCAACAAACACGACCCACCACCAGGGGGCAACAAACAGGACCCACCACCAGGGGGCAACAAACACAACCAACCACCAGGGGGCACCAAACACGACCCACCACCAGGGGGCAACAAACAGGACCCACCACCAGGGGGCAACAAACAGGACCCACCACCAGGGGGCAACAAACACAACCACACCACCAGGGGGCACCAAACACGACCCACCACCAGGGGCGCCAAACAGGACCCACCACCAGGGGGCAACAAACACGACCAACCACCAGGGGGCAACAAACACGACCAACCACCAGGGGGCACCAAACACGACCCACCACCAGGGGGCAACAAACACGACCCACCACCAGGGGGCACCAAACACGACCCACCACCAGGGGGCGCCACGGACUCACAGCAACAGGCCAAACAGAAGGAGAAACAAACUAAAGGACGGGAGGACGGCGCAGGGACGGCCGCUGCACAGACGUGACUUUACACCGUCUAAACUCUGGUCGUGUGUUUUUCUUUGAUUUGACUUGGACGACGUGUUUGAGCUGCGGUUGUGACGCCCCCUGGAGGAACAAACCACCUACAGCCACGAAGCUCCAGACGAUCUGAACAUGACCGAAAUAAAAACAGAAAAUACAGAAAAGUGAAAAACAGACAAAUGUUUGGAGUGAAAAAUGUGAAAUAAACAAAGAGGUGAAGAUUCAAAA